CAAUGCACAUGCAGUUCAAACCAAGGUUCAAGAACGGAAUCAGUCGACGCAUAUGCGCUGUGCUGUUGCUGACCGAGACGGCGAGAGAGUGAACACGAAGAGUGGUUAGGAGUGGGCGCUAUGUGGAUCUGCGUCCCGCACAACGUCUCUUUCGUGGUGGACUGGUAGCAUAGUGGAGGCUGUGGCUGCUGCUGGUGAUGAUGGCCUUUGCGUGAAGCUGAUUCUUGCUGCUAGCUAGUACUAGUGUAAAGUGUUCUGGCAUACAGUUUGUUUCUUGCUGUUGCCCUCUGCCUGAAAGUUGAAAGGAAUCUGCGCUGCGUCGUCGCUAGCGUUUGAGUUUGUCUGUCUUCAAUCCUGAGCAUCGUGUCGUCGCAGUUCGGGAGCAUGAGCGGAAGAGAUUCGAGUCUCAGCGCCCUAGUGGGCCCGACCGCGAUCAGGGUCGCAGGUCCCGCCACGUCCGAAUCGAGCCUGAAAAGAGAUUUCCUAGCUCGCCACCGAGAGGAACUCAUAACGGAGCUGGCCGCUGCCUGGCAUCACGGUGCUCCUUUGCGAUUCCUGGAGUUUCUGAAAACCCAUGGCGACCUUUCGCCUUUCGAGAGCGAGACGAUAGUGGGAGCUGGCCAGAGUCGCCAUCGCGCCGAGGCGCUUGUUUCCAUCAUCCUGGCGAGGGAAGAUGUGUGUAGCCUUUGGCAGGCGCUCUGGAAAGCAGUGCAGCGCUUUGCGCCGUCGAUGUUCAAAACGUUCCACGGGACUAUCGAGCAAGAGAUUGGGUACUUCGCCGUGGACGUCGUAUACUCGGGCUCCACUGGAGGACGGUCGGGCCACAGUCUCCACAGGCCUCCUAUCGACGCACGCGGAAAUCUUGCUGUUUGUCCGAUCAGCGACGGGCUAGGCAGUGACAUCGUGUCCGGUCACACGGGUGUGGGCGUCGAAGCCGACGGCAGCUGCCGAUUCUCCUCGCCGUUCUCCCUGCCGGUCGGCUCGGCGGGUCGAGCGGCCACGUGCGCUAACGAUGCGGCCGCUGCUGCCGCUGCUGCCGUGGCGCACCACCAGGCGGUCAACUGGGAGACGAUGCUCGAGCAGCACAGGGAGGAGCGCGACACGGCGAGACACGAGCGCGGGCAGGCGCUGGACACCAACUUCCGGCUCACCAAGGAGAUCCACGAGGUGCGCGAGGCGAACGAGGCGCUGCGCGAGUCUGUCGCGGCCCUGGAGGCGGCCAACAGUAAGCUGCAGGAGAACAAUGCUCAGCUGACCGUCCGUAACUCCGAACUACAAACGUCCGUUGAGAGCAUCCAUGCAAAUCACCGUCGGCAACUGGAGAGCACACAGACGGCCGUGCAGCAGCUGCUGGUCAUGCAGGAUCAAGAGAAGAAACGACAGGAGGAGACUCUCACCUACGCGUAUCGCAUCCAGGAGCAAGAGGCUAAGAUUCUGAACCUGACUGCUCUGCAUGAGAAGGCCAGCGAGCACGUGAACAUAGAGCAGCAGAAGCUCUCGCAGGCGCGCAGCGAAAUGGAGCGCACGCGGCGCGAGCUGGAGGAGACCCGGCAGCGUCUCACCGGCUCUAUCCCGCUCAAGUGCGUCAAGUUCACCGUCUGCAAUCACAGUAUCGCCGACUCCGGUGUGCAGAGCGAAUCAUCCGGGACGGUGAAUAUCAGCAAUGAAAGGCCGGUGAUGUUUCUGAAGGAGGUUGAUCUGGACAUUCAACUACCACCAGAUGCAGAUCUUGGUGGAGGUAUCGUAGCAGACCGUGCCCUGGUGAUCAAGGAGAUCACCAACAAUUCCAGCAAGGACAAUGGACAGCUGCUGGUCGGUGAUGAAGUUAGAGAGGUGAACGGUGACGUGUGCGCCACGCAGACGGACUUCAAGCGCAUCCUGUCCGACUCGGAACGCUCCUCGGCGCUGAACGUCAGCGUGCGCCGUCGCCUGGUCCUGUCCGAGUGCGGCUCGUGCUCGCAGCCCGGCACCGCCGGUCGCAGCGGUCCUCUGAUGAACUCCCCGGUGUCCACCGUCGCGUCCCCGAUGACGCCGUACGCCAAGCGCCUGGCCAGCGUCGCUCCCACCCUGCCGCCGGUUCCCGUGUCGCCCAACGACGCUGUUACCGUGGUGACGAGCGCGGCGAUGAACCGCCCAGACUCCAGUGCCGGCAUGUGCGCCGUGUCCAGCUCCAGCUGCACGGCCGUGCGCCACAAGACCGAAGUGGGCGCCCAGCUCUCCUCGGAGAAUCUGCCCGCCGAGCUGUCCGACGAGGGCGACGACGAUGACAAUGACGACGGCAGCGACUCGGUAGUGCUGCCCGCCAUCACGGUCACGGAGCCGACACGCAGCGGCUGCGGUGGUGGCACCAGCGCCAAAGGCCCGCUCCGCACCGUGCGGCUGCAAGUGGACGAGCUGCGCGCGCCGAGCUACCAGGUCGACGGCAACAAGCGCAUGACCGAUCGCUUUCGCUCGGCGUCCAUCCCGCACCUCAGCACGCAGUCGAUCAGCUCGCAACGGCGCCGCAGUGAACCACAGGUGCCGACGAUCAGCGUAACACAGGCAUCCAACACAGUAAACCUCAUCCUGCCCGGAAUGUUCUGCAAGAGCUCGUCGUCAAGGUCGGCCAUGAGCCAGUCCUCCGACGUGAUGGCGCAUCCCAAAUCGAAAGGCUGCACCAAGAUAGACAGGCCGCUCAGACUGACCGACGCUCAGCUGAAACGCAUCGGAGCUGGCCACGCGCACGGGAGCCGCAGGGAGAUUGCCCUACACUACCCACGCACGGGUGACACAAGCUUUGGCCUGGACGUUGAAGAAUGGGGGCUGGUCGGUGGACGUGGCUGUGGGACGUUCAUCAAAUCAGCGCCAGACUGGGUCAUGGAGCAUGGCGUCAAGAUGGGCGAUCGCAUUCUGUUUGUGCAGAGUAAAGACGUGCAGGACGCACCGCUGGAGCUAACCCAGUACUGGAUAGACAACACUGUCGCGUUCAGUGAGAUCGUUCACAUCGUCGUGGAGACGGACGAAGACGGUUAUAACAAGGUCAACAGUGGGAAAGCCAAGGAGAACUUCUAUGUCAGGGCUAACUUCAACUAUCUGGCCACACGACCUGAUCAGCUGUGCAUCGCUAAUGGUGACAUCCUCCACAUCCACGACACGAUGCCGGAGGGCAGGAUCGGCGCCUGGAUGGGCUGCAAGAUCCUUCACUACAAGGACACGGAGCGUAUCGGAGGCAUACCGUGUCCGAAAACUGCGCGCUCGCACGUCACCCAGAUGUGCCACCAGAACAACACGACGUCGACGAAGCAGCCGUCGUCCACCGCAGCGACGACGGUGGCGACGGCGGCGGAUUCGAACAGCACACCGGUGACCUUCACGCCCAACACGACCAAAGCGAGCGGUCAAAGCACGAAGCCUGCCAAGUCCGUGUCCGUUCCGAUGAGUGCCAAGAGCACACCGGCGGCGCUGGCAGCUGCACGAGAGCUCGGCGCCGGUCCCGUUUACGAGGAAACGACCGGGGCGCGUUGCUCCCCGCUGCACACUCGCGGGCCAGCGGUCGACGACGACACCAGGAGCGAGGACGAUCACACACACCGAGACAACUCCGCCAGUGGCGGCAACGGUAAAACGUUUGUCCAUCGCGCGCUGCACGUGUUCGGCAUUCGCGGCAAUCAGCGACGACGCGGCUCAAAGACGGUGACGCAAAUCAUGGACGAGCUCUCCGCCGGCCAUCACGUGUGUGGUCCUACACCGCCGUAUGAAUACAUCGAGUUGAUUGCCGGUGCACGAGUACGUCCCGUUGUACUGUUCGGCAGCAUGACACACGUGAUCCUGCGUGAGCUGGAGAAACUCUACCCGUCGUACUACGGUACAUGUACGAAGACAUACUACAAGACGCUGGCGGAACGCAAUCGUCGUGUUGAACACAACGAGCUGGUGUAUUCCCAGUCUAUUGAGACCCAGGAAGGCUUUGAGAGCAUCACUAUCGACGCUGUGCGAGAAGUCAUCAACCGAGGCAUCUCUCCUCUUCUGGACUCGGACAUCAGCUGCAUCCGUCGGUUGCAAAGCCACGGCCAAUACGCCGUCACCAUUUGCCUGAAGCCGAUGAGCAAGUCUAGUUUGAAGUCAUUCCUAGAAACCCUAUGCGGACGUCCCUUCAUGGAAGACGAAUUGACUGCCGAGAUCUCCGCUGUCAAGGCAUCCUACGAAGCGUACAAGCACAUCUUGACAGAUGUUCUGGAGAUCAAGGGCCGGUGUAACAAGGACUUUAUUCGACUGCACCGCGUCAUCCAGAACAACCUCCGCAACCCAUCCUGGGUCUCGUCCAUCGACCAGCCGGACUACUUCUGUGAGCCAAGCCUGCCACCGGGUGACAUCUGAAACACUAGCAAGAACUGACUGAUCGUCGUUUAACGUGGAGCAUGGUUGAAGCAAGCUAUGGCCAUUGCAAGUUGUCUUGCCAUGCCCUAGAACACUGGGAUCGCGGUGGGCAUCAUCAACCCCAUCGCAACUAUUUCGCUGUAUGCGAUCUGCAGUCUUUGGUUACGUUAGUCAUUUGCUUCACUGUUAGGACUGUCUGAUUGAGGUCGGGCCGCCCGCCGGGGGCCAUCAUCACUAGCCCCACGCACGACCCGUACGCUUGAGGUGUCGACAUCAGGACCAUGCAGCUCGUCCGCUAACGGCAGGCAUCCGCUAACGGCAGGCAUCCGCUAACGGCAGGCAUCCGCUGUUUUGGCAUCAACAGUAUCCCGAGUCUGCGCUUGCAGGGUUUGGCCAAACUCGGGGAAAAAAUCGUCAGAAAACCUGAUGGAGUGUGAUGACCGAAAAAAAAGAACAUCAGAUAACUUUUUGGAGUGUGAUGUGAUGACAAUAUGUGGAAAAAACCGAAUUGUACUCCCUGGUACGUCUAUGGUUUGCGGAUGGGAGAGAACUCGACGGCUUUGUGAAUAGUGUGGUGACGAUCAGUGUUGGAGGCGACAACCGUGUCAGUCUGUGUCAUGCGUCGCUAUCGUUGCUAUCGUCGUCACACGCACCCGGUGAGGGUGAUGGCGUCGCUAGUGAGGCGUUGUCAUCGCCAUGUGGUGGGGCAAUGAAUACGCGUGUGUUUGUGUGAGUGUGUGUGUUUGUGUGUGUGUGUGUUUGUGUGUGUGUGUGUGUGUGUGUGUGUGUGUGUGUGUGUUGUGUGUGACUAACAGCUCACGUCGUGCCGGGGCUAACCGUCCGUGAACUGUCACUUCACGCUGGGACACACGCAAUGCCGGGAAUGAUUAUCAUGCUGGAAGCAUUCACCGCGGUGAAAUAUCCAUCCCACAGCGAAGGAGACUUUUCUUGUGUUAAAAAUUGUGGCAAUUGAAAAAGACUCAAACGAUCACUGUGUGUGUUCUCAGCUAGCUGGUCUAGCGUUAUGGUGAUCAAUGGACGUUUGCUUCGUAUCCUGGCGCAUUCUACCCGCCGUUCAAUUCCCUAAUAGUGUUGACGCCGCCCGGUUUGGGACUUAGAGUAGUUAUGCAUAGCUGUGUUAUUAGCUCACUCUAGAACAGAAUUAACUCCGGUGGUGCCCCUGAAACUGCCCCACUGUUGAGUCGCUGAGUUUUGCAUCAUGGGGUGCCGCAUAAAUCCAUUUCUUUCUGCAAGAAGAUGACUCAUAAUUAUACUACUAGCUGUGUUGGCUGGCUGGCUGGCUGGCUCCAGCAUGAUUCCAUUAUUGUGAAUUACGUUUUACUCAUUGUCGCUGACAGCGUUACUAUUCCCAUCAUUAUUACCAUCGAACUAGGAAUUCAUCUCUGGAUGGGGAGCUGCUCCCUUCAUGCUAUUCCCGGCUGUGCGGGCGCGCUGUAGAGAUAUUUCGAAUGGCACCACAGUCCUGAUUUUCUGUUGUGUGGUCUGCUUUGUCUUUUGCCUAAGCGGAGACUAGCCAAGUUUGCUUGGUGAUGUCAACGCGAAAGGCUGUUAUUAUUAUAAUAUGCUUUGUCUGGCACAGUGCUCUGUGCACAUGUAUGAUGUCACCCAUCCCAGACACCUCGACUAAUGAUGUCACCGAAUGAUCGCCGAAAGGCUCCUGUAAAUGCACCGCUAGGCCGUUAGUUGCUCGCUCCUAGUCAUACUAUGUAACUCUUGCAGUAAGGAAUUUCCCCCACGACACUGGCUGAUUUCACCACCUGCGUCAUGACAAUAUUUUACGCUGAACUUACCCUUUUAAUUAAUUUAUUUUGCUUUGGCUCGGAUCUUUAUAUACGAAUUCUAGGAAUUAACUUCUGCGUCUGUGUCUGUCUGUGAAGUAAUAAAUAAUAUAUAUUCAUUUAUUAUCUCGGUGAAUACCAUUUCGCCCGCACUGAAUUAUUCUGCACGGUGAACUGAAAGACUGGCCAUGCGGCUCA